AGUGGGAAACCAAAAUUAUGUCAAUUGUGGUGUGACUUCAAUGCAAAUCAAAAAGACAACAUUCUUACAGUGACUCCCGCUAUUAGUGUCCUGGAGUUUCUCACCAACGAGUGUGCCCUGAGACGCAAACACAAUAUUUUUAGGUGGAAUUACAAGUCGAAAUCUCGUGAAGCAAAGCACUCACGUCCGUGCAUGUUUGCAUCAUGUCCCCUGUUUAACCUCUGCAACGGCUCGCCACCAAUGCGACCCAUGUGCAGGUUAUUUGGGCAAUUAUUAUGCAAGGCGCGCCACGUUUCAGUGGUUGUAGCCGCCGUUGCUGCGGCAGCUGAACGAAAGCAGAUGUGAAGUGGAGGCAGGAGCGUUCCCACGACAGCUCCUGGCCGUCGAGCCAUCUUUUCAGCAGUCAUCCAAGAAAAAGAAUGGAAAGAAAGAUGGAUCCAAUACAGCUGCGAUCGAGGAGCUGAAGAAACAGGUUGAAAUCAUUAUGCAGGAAAUCAACCUGUUGAAGGAGCAGCAAGCAUUACAGACAGUUUGUCUGAAGGGCAUCAAAGUUCCCGGCAAGUGUUUCCUUGCGCACCAAGCGAAGAAAACGUUCCACGCCGCCAACGACGACUGCAUGGCAUUGGGAGGAGUCCUCAGCAUUCCGCUGUCCGGCGCUGAGAACGACAAACUUCACGAGUACGCCCGUCAGACCAUCAGCCAGGAGGACCACAUCUGGUUGGGCAGCAACGAUAUGGUAACGGAGGGAGACUGGUUUGACCAGAGUGGUACUGGACUGCGCUUUAAGAACUGGGAGACCGAAAUCACUCACCAGCCGGACGGUGGUCGCUCCCAGAACUGCGCUACCCUCUCCGCCAACACUGGGAGGUGGUUUGACGACAGCUGCCGGGCUGAAAGAGCCUUUGUGUGCGAGUUCAACAUAGUUUGAUCUUUGUUAGUGUACAAUACAAGUAAAAGCCAUUUGUUGGCCAGUAUAAUCACCUGAAGCUCAUAGUAUAGCAGUAUCUGUGCAUGGAAGUGAUAGUAUACUUGUCAAAGCUGGCCUUUCUUUUUCACCAUUGACUGAGGGGUAAGGAAAUAACGGAUGAAGACCACAAGACCAAUGAGGUAUCAAAUGAAGCACGAAAGAGUGACCUAAGCCCGACCAGGUGAUGGAGACAGAUAGUGUUUGAUGGUGAGGAUAUUCUGAAUGUAAAAUGUAAUGUAAAAUAGGUCAGAGCAUACGGUCGUUUUUUAUGGUAUGACAGAACAUGAAGGAUCUUUGCUGCUUGCAACUUCUUCACCAUUAUGAAGAGAAUGUGCUGUAUGCAAUUACUUCAAUGAUGCAAAUGAAACGUAUUUCAAUAAAACAUCACUG